ACAUUACAUUAAGAUAUUGGCUAUUAAAUGUACGAAAAUCAGAAGAUGAUAAAAAUGGGAAAACAAGCAAUCUACCAUGUCGAAUUGUUUGUAGCGUAGAAGGCUUUGAAUGGUUUUUUUACAAUAAUGCACCAGCCUAUGAUAAAAUGAGAGAUAUUCUUGGAUUAUCGUCUGUAAACUCUUCUUCUUCGUCUUUACCUACUGAACAAGAAAAGCUGGCGACAACUGACCUUCGCGGAUCUCUUGAUCCCGAAAGUCAAACUCCGAUAUAUACAACUAAUUCCUUAAUAGAAAGAUUAAUGCCUCUUCAAUUCGAAUGUACAACAGGCGCUGUUAUGGUUGGUAACACAGAUAUAAAGUCAAUGCUCGUAUGUAAAGUUUCCCAAGCAAGUGGUAUUUAUAGCAUGACAAAGUCAAGAUCAUCUAUGGAUUAUUAUAAAUCAGUUAUUGAUUUUAUUUUAAGGAAACCUCAAAUCCUUUUAAAAGAUAACAUGGAUUAUACAGCUGUUGUUGAAGAGGAAACAGCAGAAAGAGUAGCUACGCCUAUGCAGAGGAUACCGUUAAUUUGGUGGUUAUUAAAACCUUUCCGUUAUUUAUUUUCAUUUACAUCUACUAGGCAGUAUGGUAAAAUGCAACAUAUGCGAGAUAUCUUAAGGAAUGGAAGAACACAAACACGCUAUAAUUCAGAAAAUGCAACUUAUCAUGAAGAGUAUGCAAGAGUAUCCAAUAUUGUCGAAUGUAACGAAAUGGCAUUAACUUACUAUUCUGAUUAUGCUGGACCUGUACCGAUACCCGAAGCAGCUGAUUCAAGUUACCCAAUAGGUACUGAUGUUGGAAAUGGAGGUUUACCCCCAGAAUGGGGUAUUCGUAUAUCAUUAUGGGACGCAACUAUCCAUUAUGGUCCUUGGGCGGAUAGACAGAGAUCAGAAAUGCUAGAUUACUUUUUUCCAAACGCACAUCGUGGAAAUAUACCUACACCAAAACUAGUUCCUGGACAACAACGUAUACCUACAGCCUUUGAAACUUAUAUUGAAUUUAUGAACGAAGGAAAACUGCGUGUACCAACACGUGAAAAAUCAAAGGAUUGGAAAUACAGUUCCGGUUUGUCAGAUCUAGAUAUUGGUUCUGAUGGGUAUUAUACUCGACCAUACGGCUGGUUUAAUAUCAAAGUAGGCGAAGGAUCUUACAUAAAGGUAAUAACACCUUAUGUAGUUGGACCUAAUGGACAUACAAAUAGUAUAGAUGUUGUUUUAAAAGAUAUGGAUAUUACAACAAGUGUAAAUUAUGCUUCCUUUAUUCAAUCAAAUCGUAUUGAAAUUCAUAUAGAAAUGCCAACACCCCUACAAUGGAAUGGAUAUCGACAUUGGAAAUUUAGAUUUACACCUAAAAAACCAAAUAUAUUUUUAUUAAGAGAUCAUAUUUAUCUAUUACAAGAUACCAUCAAGGAUUGGACUUCCUCUCCACCUACAGAUUUACUACACUUUACACCAAUGACCUAUUCAUUAGUAUUUAAUUUAGAAAAUCCUAUUAUUUACCUUUGUGUCAAUGAACAUAAUGUCAUUAAUAAUCCUAAUUCAAUCGAAGACAAUGCUUUUCUAAAGCUACAGGGUCAUCGACUAAAUAUCCAAGUAACACUUCCUUUCACAGAAUUUAAACCAGAAACAACAACUAUUAAAUUUUUUGUUGAAGCAGAACAUGGUAGCGCUGGCCUUUCUUUACAAACAUCGCAUACAUUAAGUGCCUUUAUGAGAGAAGAUGAUGCUCAUGCAGCAGUUGCUGUUAAUUUAACCAUCAAUGGUUCCUAUGAGUAUUAUAGUACAGUUGAUAUCUUAAAUCACGUUGAAUCUUGUAACCUUCAUAUCAAGAUCAAUGGAGCAACUGUCAAACUCUUUGGUACUUUGAUUCGUUACAUAUUUUUGCUCAAAGAUAAUUAUUUUGGAGCUUGGAAUAAUUUUUCAACAAUCGAUGAAUAUAGAAGACGAAGAAGUAAUCAACAAGAGUGGCUUGAACAAAAAAAGAAACAAGCAGAGGCUAAGCCUCUUUCAGAUCCAUUUGAAGUAUAUCUUCUAUUGGAAUUAGAAGAUGGUGUUUUACUUUUCCCAGAAAACCUAUAUGAAUGUUCAAGAUAUACCCAAUUUGAAUUCCAAGAAUUACAGUUGGAAUUGAGAAAUUUGGAUGUUUAUCUAGAUAUGUAUUUGAACAUCAGUCCUAUUACAUUAAGUAGAGAUAAUAAUCCACAACAUCAUGCUAAUCAACAAGGAUCAUUUCGUAUCAAAAAUGCGCGAGAUCCUAAAAACUAUGUCUAUAUUGAUGGUAUUAAUGUAUAUGGACAUCGACUCUUUGGCCCUUUUCCGGAGUGUUUGACUUAUCUUUGUCAUUGGGAGUUUGACAUUGGGCAAAUUACAGGUGAAAUAAAACCAUCAUUUUUAUUAGGCUUAUCCUGUUUCGGGCAGUCAUUUGCUUAUAACCUUAUUGAUGAAGAUAACGCGGUUCCUCAAGAAAUGGAGUCCAAGAGCUUGCCUGAUGUAACUUUUCUAAAGCUUUAUGUACGGGAAGUAGAUGUUUAUUUGAUGAGUAUGAGUAGUGCUACAAAUAUUCGUCUUCAAGAUGGCAUCUUGCUUGAAUUUGAUAAUCUCAUUAAUGCUAAAUACAGUCAACGUAUAACUCUUAAGAUACCCUCUAUAUUGACUCGAAGUUUAGCUAAUCCUGACCAAACUCGAAAUGAUCUUUCCUUGGAGGAAAAUGAGUACUCUUGGGUUGAAGUAGCUAAAACUGACCUAGGUUUUAAUGUUACUAUCUUUAGACACACAGCCGUCUGGAAAAAAGCAAGGGACAAACAACAAAAUUUUAUUAGAACACAGGAUUAUCCUACACGUCGUUGUGUUCGGCUUUAUGAAGAGCUUGACUCAGUUUCUCAAGCGUCUCAGUCAUCUACCCGGUCCAUAAAUGGGCAUCAUGUGGGUGUCUUGUAUGCUCCUCCUUUUAGACCUUUCAUGUUUGGUCGUGUUGAAGAUAAAUCAGUUCUUUAUGAUAGUAUAUCAACACCCUUAUCGGAACAGGACCCCUAUAUCAGUCGUAGUAAUUCAGGUAGUAUAGCCAAUAUGUGUAUGUCAUCGUCUGUAAGCAAUUUAUUUCAAAGUGAUGAUUCUGAUGAUGAUUCACUUGAUAAUUACUCAAUACAAAGUGCACUUUCUCGUGGCAAUGAGUCCUUCUACACAGCAAAAAAUGAAGAAGUAUCUGAUCAAGAUGAUUAUUCCUUUUUAUCUCAAGAUGAAGAAAGUGAUUCAGCAAGUAAUUCUAAUGACUCAUCUUCUUCCAGCAGUAAUCAAGGAGAAUAUAGAUAUAGGAAAAUGUCUGAAAAAAACCUAACAACUGCUAUACCUCCCUCCAUUCCUUAUAGUGAUUAUCUUCGACGUUAUAAAGUUAAUCGAUCAUAUCAUGAAUUUUAUCAUGGUAGAUUUUUUCAUCCUUUUAUACCCCCUUGCCAACCUCAAUUUAUACCUGAAAAGAAUUUUGAAGAAAAACAAUAUCCACUUUAUGAAAACAUCGAAGAUAAUUUAGCUGAUCUCUUUUCUCGUGAUAUGGAAAACAAUCAAAAUUUUGAUAUAGAUGAUGCUUAUGGAGAAGGUAAUGAAGUAAUUGCAACCACUAUUAUCGAAGCCACUCGGCCUGUCGUUGUACUUGUCACACCUAUCUUUGUAAAAAUUGUUCAGGAGCUAGCUGAAGAAAUUAUUAAAGAUGAUUGGGAUCUUGAAACUAUGCUGGAUGCCCUACAAAUGAAAUACAUUGAACAAUUGACUCGUUAUUUAACAGAUCAAUACAUUUGCACACGUUUUGCUCUCAUUUUACCACAAACUUAUCUUCACUUUAUUCAAAAUGCUAUGAUGCCGGACGACCUACCCUCUUAUAAGCAUGGUGAAUCAUUUGUAAAGACACAAUACAAUACUGAGGAUACAAUUCUAUGCUCUGCAGAUAUUUUUUUAAACGAUUUUAGAGUGUUUGGUGGUGUCAAAUUUGAAGACUAUGCCUUUGCAGAGAAGAAAACUAAGGUAGUUGAAUCUAAUUUGGUUUUACAGGAGUCUCGUAUUCACGUUGAUAUGGGUGAUAUGGGAGCUACUAUACAAUACGUUUCGAAGCAGCAUGAAAGGCAGUCAAUUGCAUUUGGUAUCCCUUAUGAGCGCUUAAUUAAUAAGCAAAUGUAUGCUACUAAUAAUGAUGACAAUGCUCUUGUAGAUGAACUAUAUAUGCUAGAUUUAGCAGUCAAGGGAUUUAGUUUCAAAUGGCUUGGAUCUAAGACUCCCAAUUAUCUCGAAUUAACAAUCAAGAAUGUAAAUAGUAUUAUCAUUACUGAAUCGAUUGAGAUUCUGGUAGGUGCUGUUUAUUCCUGGCUUGUGUUUGUGGAUGACUUAAAAGGUAUCCUUGAGAAUUUUAAAGACCAACGUACUCGGCAAGUUCAAUUCUUUAUCAAUGAGAUUGCCAACUUUUCAAAUACGCCUAAUGUGGUAGGUGAUCCUGUAUUUUUGACAACACCUACGACUAUGCUAAGAUUGGGAUCACGUAAUUUUCGAAACGAUUGCGGUUGGAAGCUGCUGGCGCGUAUGCGUCACUGUCUAAGAUCUAUGCCUUCUUCAAAACGUGAGGAGCUUCAAUAUAGACUUACUUCAGGAGAUUCAUUUCAAGAUAUUGACUCAGAUGCGAUGUACAAAAAUGUCAUUAGUACUUUUUCAAGAUGGCGUAGUUGGGAGGUCAGCUAUAAUGAUAUCAUUCAUUGCCGUCUCUUUACUCAGCCAUUUAAACAAAGUUUGUUAGAAGAGCAAACGAAUGACAAAAAUACAACUGACCAAGUUGUUAAAUUCUUGAUAUCUUCUGCUAAUUUUGCUAAAAUAAGAAUGGGUCAGUUCAAAUUUAUGAUUUAUGAAGAGGAAAUGAUUGAAUCAUCUAAAGAAGAGAAUAGCAUUUUAAUUGCACCAUUUGAGUUCCUUUUUGAAUGCUUGUUUAAAUCAUCGUCGAUAUCUGCUGUACCUGAAAGCUAUAUUAAUAAUAAUAACCGUAAAUCUAUAUCAAUUUUAGAUGGCUAUCUUGACAUUAUUGCAAAGUUGAGUAUCGGUGAAAUUAAUAUCUCAAUCAAUCCAAUUAUCUUAGCUUUUGCAAGACAUAUGCUUCUUGUCCAACGUGUCUUUACAGAGAAACUAGCAAGUCUUCAGCAUGCUAUGAAUAAGCCACUUAAUUCUGCAAAUACUUCAAAAUCGCUAAAUACAGGAUCAAAAAAAUUCAGCCUUGAUGAUUUAAUGAACAAGGUGGAUAUGGUCGCACAAGCUUUAGUCAGCCUAGAUCAUAUUCAAGUUACUGCUCAUGCUCAUGAACUUCAUAUGGACGCUAUCGUUGACGGAAUACAAGGAUCAGCAUUGUUCUCUAAUCCUAAACUCGUUCCAUUGCAGCUAUCUUCAUCCUAUGCUGUAGAUCGUGAUUCUGAUACAGGCUCCGGCAAACGUAGCUCAAAUCGAGCGUCACGUAGAAAUGGUGGUAAUUCUGAUCCUCGUUUAGUGCUUGAAGCCACUGGUGGUAUCAACCUAAUUGAUAUUAAGUUUAAAGAAGAACUACACCAUAACAACAACACAGAAUUAUAUAGUACUUUGUUAGCUAUCAUGUUGGAAAGAGCAAACGUAAACGCUAAUAUAUCUCAGGUCACAAAACAAUCCAAAAAGCACAAAUCAGUUGAAGCCAGCAAAAAUAUAUUGAAUGUCUUUUCAAAUAUUCAUAAUUUCCACAUGCAUGCUCCUCAAAGUCUUCUAAGACUCUAUGGAUUUGUGGAUUCAUGGCAAACUGAGCAAGGGCGACGAUAUCAUUUUAUGCUUCAAAGUCUUGUCAGGGAAUGGGAGGAAAAACGAAAGGAACAGUCAAUUAACCCUUCAUCUGCUGACCUUUCUCUAGCAUCAGCACAGCCCACACUAACAAAUAGGAAAAUCGAUGUUAAAUUACAAUUCUUACUGAAUAAGCUAUUGAUACAAGCUGAUCUCUUACCUUCAUUAACUGUAAAAUAUAGCCUUAAAGACUUCUUUAUAAUGAUCAAUGAGUCACAUCAUAAAUCGAUGCCCAUACGUAUGUAUGCAUUCCAACUAUCAGAGCAAGAGGUUCACCUAAUCUCUAAAGACCCUAGAAAGAGUAAAAGAGUUCAUAAAUCAAAUUAUGAAACUAUCACAAGUAACACAUUUAAGAUCCCUGGAAUUCGUAGUACGGGGUCGCUUCAAAUUAAAUCUGUAAAUGAAACUACUGAACAGUUAAUGUUAAGAUCUAUGAUAUCUAUUGAUUUAAUUUCAAUAUCACUUGAUGCUAGCUUAAUUGACUCAUUACUUACAGCGCAGUCAUUAAUGGGCAAUGAAGUUAGUGAAUUGGUAGAGGUUGUGUCGUAUUCUAGACGUAGAAAGAACAGUUUAACAACGCCCUUUAAGGAAGACAGUUCUACAGAAGAGGCGUCAGUUCGUAUAUUUAAAUAUACAGUUGAUAUUUCCCUUGUUGGUAUGCGAGUAUCUGCUGCUAGUCCAUCUGCUAUAGGUGUAUUUGAAUCAAAUAUUUUAGAAGCAUCUCUUUCUAAUGAUACUGAAAAGGAUAAUCUAUUAGGUGAGCAACUUGCUUGGAAACUUCAAGCACGUAAUUUCUCUCUUUCAUUAGAACAUAAUACAAUGGAAGAGACUCCAAAGGAUAAGUACGAUAGAAACUGUCUGGCCUAUAUUCUUGUUGAUUUUAGUAUUCAAAAUUAUUUGCCAUCAUGUGUAAAUGAAAACUGUCAAAAGGAUACACAUGUACAUACAAAAGAGCGAGAGAUUAAUGCCUUGUUCAUUGACUUUUCAAAAAUACAAACCGUUAUGCAACCAAUUGCCUUGGGAAAACUUGCAGAAAUGUAUAUAUAUUACGAUACAGAACUUGGAAAUAAAAAGAUGAUGAAAAAGGAAGAAAUUGAUCAGCUCUCGGCUAAUACCAAACGUAUUGUACAAUCAAUUGUUAACAAGAAUGAAUGGCCGAAGGCAUUACAAGAGGAACCUCAAUCACUUCUUAAAAAUAAAAUUAUCAAUUUACAGGUUCGACGUUUGGGGAUUGCUAUUCCGUUAGACUAUAAGUCAGAUUUACAGCCACCAGAAUCCUCAAAGGAUGUUGGAGCUUUACUAUUAUCCAUAGCCUCGAUCGAAUUCCUCACAAAAAAUAUUGAGAAAGGUGCUUUACAACUGGAUAAUAUGGCUAUACAAUUCGUUAAACAAUUUGAUCAAAAUAAUGCUGAACAUUUCAUUGCAGAAAAUCAUCCUCGUAUGAAUCAAAUAAGUGUACCAUCUGUUUCUUGUCAUAUCUCAGCAACAAAUAUAAAACCACUUCAGUUAGUUCAAGUCAUUGCUCAAGUUGGAGGAUUUGAGAUUGAUGUGGAUGGAGCAAUAACUGAUUAUAUAAAUAUGCUCAGUAUUAUCUAUGUUAAAAGUAAGGAUCGAGUCGAUGCAUUUGCUACAAAAUCUAAAACAACUACUAAGGCGCCCUCACCGACAACAUCUACACAUUCGUCAUCGGAAGCUGUUCAUUUUGGUAUUGAUUGUAAGUUUGAAUGUGAUAGUGGCACAAUCCGCAUGUAUCCCAAACGACAAGCAAAUAAUGUUUAUAAAAAUAAGAAAAAGAUGAAGUCAUUACGAUUUCAUAACGCUCUUGAUCCAAAACUUGGUGAUGGUAACAUAGCUUUAGCAAAUAUACCCGGUCUAAGUGCAUGGUUUGUUUAUCAACUACCACUAGGUGCGCAUGCUACUGUCAUUGAUUCUCCAAAACGGUUCCAUGCUGAUAUCUUAAUUCGUGAAAGUAGAAACACGCUUCAUCCUGUUCUAGUUCAAUUCUUGCGUGAAGUCGUGGUAGGCCUUAAGCUAGGUAUUCAACAAACGAGUGAACGAAAAGCGGAUCGUAAUGAGUCAUCAGUGAUUGAGUCCAACUUGAAUGCAUCUCUCUUUUUACGCUUGUCAAAAACACAAUUAGAUUUGAGCUGUCAACCGACUUCUAAGGUAGUUUGCUCCUUGGGUUGGGAAGAAAGCGAGUUUUUGAUGAAUGCAUUUUCAAAGGAUACAACAUCACGUACAAUGAGUUGUGUAGGAUCAGUUCGACGGAUUACAGCUGUUGUUAAACAUCACUUUUCCCCAGAGGCUUGCCUUAAUGCUCGUAUUGACCAUAUCCUAUUCAAUGCUAUGUUAACAUCACAACGUGAAAAGGGAGAUUUGAAUGAUGAUAUUUCAAUCAUUGUUGAAUUACCUUACAUACUUGGAAAUAUCAAUAUGCGACAUUUACAGGAUCUUCUUAUUCUAAACUCAUGUUGGUUUGGUCAGCCAAUUAUUUCUGAUAGUAAUUUAAAGCCUACUGAGUCGACCAGUGACAAUAAUUCCCCUUUACUAGUUGCUCCUGAAAAUUCAAAAACACCAAAGACGGUAGUUGAUCAACAAAUAAGUAUACUAGAUUCCGUUAAUCAGCCCUCCCCUUUCUCCAAACAUAUCGCACUCUGGAUAAAAAAAAUGGACUUUUCGGUUGAUCUAGGUCAAAAUAUAGGAACAAUUACAUUGAUGCCUGACAGUCUUUCACUGCAACUCUAUCAUGUUCCAUAUGAAACUAAAGGACUAAGUUUUUCUUUAGAUAAAGUAAACAUCAUAUCCGAGGGUAGAUUAUCAGGUAGUAUAGAUUUCAACAAGAUGAUUAUUCACGGCCGAGUAGAUCAGUUCAGAGAUAGUUUAAAAGAAAAGUCUUCUAUCUAUGUACAUUCAAAUGGCUUUAAAGCAGCCUUUGAAUAUGAAUAUCAGAAUAUUCUAGAUGCAAUUCAACAACCAUUAGAGCUUAACGUUGAGCUCCAAAAGAGAGGUAAUCAGUAUGAGCUUGAGAUUUCGAUUAAUUUAGAGGCUUUAAUUGCUCGACUAUCAAUAAAGACGGUACCCAUUAUUAUAACUAUGGUCCAGAGAUUUAAUGAAUUACUUCAGAAAAAGAAAUCAGAGGCAGGCAUUCGUUCUGAUUGGAGUUAUCUAACCACAUCCAAAAAUAACAAGCCAGCAACAUCGUCGUCAUCAUCUUCUUCUUCUCCACGAAAGCCUGAAAAGAUGUAUAAAAAUGCCUUUAUUCAUAGCAAUGUCUCAUUACGUAUCAAAGCGAUUGAAGCUGUAAUUUAUCCCAGUCAAUUCCAAGAUUCAGAUAAUGUAGACAUUCGAGCUAAGCAAUUCAAUAUUGAGCUAGAAGAGUUCCCACGUUCCUCUGAUGGUGUACAUCGUAAACUGGUCAUUACAUUAGCAAGUGCUGCUUUAGCUAAAAAUGCACCAGGUAAGGAAUUGAUGAUUCGUUACAGUGCACCAUUACCCUCGUCAGGAUCCAAAGUAAAGAACCUUGGUGGAACAAAGAUUUUUGGUAUACCUGGAACAGAAGUAAUAAUGAAAUCAACACAGCUUAAUACGAUUAUUAGCCAUGAAUUUGGAGCUGUCUUUGCAGGUCGUAUCAGUGUCUCCUUGAAUAUUGGACUCAUUAAAUAUCUUCAAGAAAUGAUUAAUAUGUUUAAUAUACAACUCCAGCGCACCUUAGAAAAGGACCGUGAUAGACUUUUGGGAGAUCCUGGCACACCUGUUAGUAUACAAAGCCAAUUUGAUGAUAUGGAAGAAGAUCAUAUAACGAUUACUAAUAACCAUAAGUUACCUUUAUCGUCUGAAUCAUCAAAUAAAAAUGAGCCUGCAUUAUCGAUAUCUAUUACUAAAAAUCCUCCUAAUGAUACAUCAGAAAAAAUAGCAACGGAUAAUAAAGUAAUAAACAACGAAGAAAAAUACACGUAUAACUCUAUCAGCACUGUAGAUUUCCAGCCUCAGCUUCAAGUGAUGGGGGAUGCUACACCACCUGUAGAAUGGCUUGGUCUCAAGAGAGAAAGAAUUCCUGGUUUAGUACAUGAAAAUGUUACACUUCAUUUGAAUCAGCUUGUUAAAACGAUUUGGGAAAUGUUAGAGUCACAGAUUGACUAACAGGAAAAUGCGCUUCAUUUACUUUUUUAUCAUAUUGCUUAUCAUUUA